CAACAGGAAAUGAUGAAAGGAAAGUGUGGCAGCUGAAUCUCUCAAAUACCAAGUCCAUUCAGAGCAGUUCUCAUUUGAAAAUCAGCAGUGGCAACAAAAUGCCUGAAAAUAUUUACAUAAAUACUCUCCAACAUCACAAUUCAAGAUCAACAGAGAAAGAUCAGCAGAAGGAGAGUGUCAGUGAUAAGAGAGAUGGUGUCUGUAUGGUGGUUCUUCUCUCUGUUCUCCUCUUCCUGUCUCUGCUGGUGAAUGCAGUGUUGGCUUACCUCUAUUACACCAGUGACACAAAUCAGUUAAUGGGAUGUGAGCCAGUGACAAAUAACUCAAACCUAGAAGUUAACAGGCCAUCACUCUCUUGUACUUACAAAGGUUUGCCUGACAGGUGGGUCCAGGACAAGGGCAGAUUCUAUGUUUUCUCCAAUAAUACAAAAGACUGGAACAGCAGCAGAGAACGCUGUCAGGAUCUGGGUGGAGACCUGGUCAUCAUCAACAGCAUUGAGGAACAGGAAUUUCUUGCUCAGCAAAUAGUCACUUUUAAUGCAUUGGUGCUACACUGGAUUGGUCUGACUGACCGCCAGACUGAGGGGACGUGGCUAUGGGUGGACAACACCCCCUUAAACAACAACCUCUCAUGGUGGAUUUUCCCUCCUGACGAUUAUGAUACAAAUGAUCCCUUGGGUGAAGACUGUGCUGUAUUAAAUGGACAUAUAAGAGGAGAAAAAUGGGGAGAUAUUUCUUGUUUGAAAAAGGAAAGAAGCAUUUGUGAAAUUCCAUGUUAUUGAUCAAUGCUAAAGUAUCGUUAAUGACUUUCAAUAUCCCUGUUUAUGUGUAUUAUAGUAUAUAUGUAUUACAGUGUAGAAUCUGUGUAGCUCUUUAUAAAUAAUACAUUUGUAUUCUUUAUUUUGUAAUUAUUGUUAACAGCAUUGGCCAAUUGUACAUGUCAUUGUCUUUAAAAUAUUAAGCACUUUAUUUACAACAAGAAUGAAUGAAUGAAUUAAAAAAAGACAUGAAUGGAUAUGUACAAUGGAUACAGCACUAUGUGAACGUGUGCUUAUAAUGUGUAUGCCAAAUGUCAUUUUUAAUCUUUCUAAAGCCUCUUUAUAACAUUCAGAUGAAUUCUAGAGGCUUCUGCCCCCUGGUGGAUUAGCCAAUGCUCUUCAAGAAGGACUUGCAAUAAACAGUAGCGGCCAAAAGGCAUGUCCGGAGGGGAUGUUUGCACAAUGUUUGCUUUUAAUGACACUUCAGGUUCUACUAAAUCAAAAUAUGAGGAGUAUGUUAUAUUGGGAAGAAGAAUAAACUAGAGUUAGUUAAGGUAUUAUAAUGACAACCUUAUUUGGCAAACUCCAGCAUAAUUAAAUAUGUUUUUUUUUUUAUUGUAUUAUGCAAAAAAAGUCAUAGAAAAACAAAAAAGGCUCACAGGAAAUAAAGCAUACAUGGACUGCGAUGUAA